AUGACUCCACGGCCCUGGCCAGCUGCUACUCCGUCGAAUCGACCUCUUCCAAGGUCCACGGUUUCCACUACUGCACUACUCUGGGUGCCGGAGCACAGUGGUAUCCCUGAGGUCCCCUCAGGGUCUAAAUCGUCCAUUAUAAGCCCUCCCCUCGAGCGUCCCGCUCCCAGCGCCGAACGAAGCUGGCCCGGGACCAACUGGCCCGAAAACAAAGGGGAGGCGACGCACACCAUCCGGGAAGAGUGUGAGAGACUCUUCUGUGACACACUGUUCACGACAUUCCUUGGUGAGGGGAUUGACGCGAGGCAGGAGUCACUGGGGAUGGGUACGUUUCAUAAUAUUCAGCCAAAUUACAUCGGGCCUGGGCACGAUCGCAUCCAGCGAUGGAUCGAAGUGUGGGAUUACGCCGGCGACGCUAUCUAUCGCGGAUUUGUGACUGAUAUGCACGGAGAGCGAACUUUAUUCGUAUUCUUCGAGGAUGGUGCUCUUGGACACGGCCUCAAAUCCGGGUUGAUCGCUCUUUUCGAACUGGCGGGAAUUGAUGCCUUCGACUGUUCUCAGAUCGUAGCCUGUGUCAAGCGCUCACAGCACACGGAUGAAAUGGAGCUCGUUCGGAGCCUCGGGUGGUGUGGCUUUAACCUCACCACCUUGGAGCCGUGGACAACAGGUGGUGACUCGGGACCUUCACUUAGCACGGAAUGGCUCUUCUUGGUCGCCGAAGCAUGA